AUGGACGACGAAAUCUACGAGUUCUUCAAGGUAUGGAUCAAAGCCAUUUCGUGCCUCUGUUAUUGCUAUUACGUUUCUUCAAUAAUGCCUAAAGGCUUCUUCAGGCUUCUCUCUCUUCUUCCCAUCUUCUUCGUCUUCCUCCUUCUCCCAUUAACCCUCCAUUCUUUCCACCUCGGUGGGCCCACCACCUUCUUCCUCGUUUGGCUCUGCACUUUUAAACUCCUCCUUUUCUCCUUCGAUCAAGGCCCUCUAUCGCCCCUCCCUCCAAACAUCCUCCAUUUCGUACUCAUCUCUUCUCUCCCAAUCAAGAUUAAACCUCAGAUUCCCACAAAGAACUCAGAAAAACGAGUCUCGAAAUCGACUAUCUUCCUGAAAGUGGUUCUCCUCGCUGCCAUUAUCCGCGCUUACGACUACAGAGAUUACCUCCACCCGCACUUCAUCUUGUUCCUCUACUGCUGCCACAUGUACCUCGGCUUGGAGCUCGUGCUGGCUCUCUGCGCAGCUCCGGCUCGAGUGUUCGGCUUCCAGAUCGAGCCGCAGUUCAACGAGCCGUAUCUCAGCACGUCGAUUCAGGACUUUUGGGGUCGCAGAUGGAACCUCAUGGUCACAGGUAUCCUACGGCCCACAGUAUACGACCCUAUACGACGUUUAUCUUGGAGCGUAUUGGGCCCAUACAGCCCAAUCCCAGCCACGUUGGCCACGUUCGCUGUGUCCGGUUUAAUGCAUGAGUUGAUGUAUUAUUACCUUGCACGUGUGCCUCCCACGUGGGAGGUCACGUGGUUCUUUAUGUUGCAUGGCGUGUGCACCGCGGUCGAGGUGGAGGUGAAGAAGGCGGCAGGACGUCGUGGAUGGAGGUUGCACCGGGCAGUGUCAGGGCCGGUCACGGUGUUGUUUUUGGCGGUCACCGGCAAGUGGUUGUUUUUUCCUCAGUUAAUUAGAAAUGGGGUGGAUAGGAAGGCAAUAAAGGAGUACUCAAUAAUGAUACGUUUUGUGAAGUCCAGGUUAUUACAGUGAGAUCGACACUGGGUAUUGAAGCCAUUAUAUUGCGGUUUCGAUUUAACCACCGUUGGUUGAAUUGAAUUAUUAAUUGUUGGGUGUUAA